AUGGCGGUCAACAUCAAUCGAGAGGUUGAAGAUACCUUUUACAGGUACAAAAUGCCGAAGCUUAACGCCAAGGUAGAGGGCAAAGGUAAUGGUAUUAAGACGGUGAUUGUUAACGUUUCUGAUAUUGCCAAAGCUUUGAACCGUAAACCAAUAUACUUGACGAAAUUUUUCGGCUGCGAGUUGGGGGCUCAGAUUCAUGUGGAUGAUAAAAACGAGCGGUAUAUCGUAAACGGCGCACACGAAGCCACUAAGCUUCAGGAGCUGUUAGAUGGUUUCAUCAAGAAGUUCGUCUUAUGUCAAGGUUGUGGAAAUCCGGAAACCACUAUGCACGUCAAUAGGAAGACUGGAACAGUUGGGACCACUUGUAAAGCCUGCGGCAGCCAAGGUCAAUUGGAUGUAGCUCACCGUCUGACCCAAUACAUUGUCAAAAACCCUCCAGAGCCCGAUACGUCUUCGAAUAAAGCAAAACCGAAAAAGGGGAAGAAAGGAAAGAAUGGCGAGAGAACCUCAGAUGACCAUGAAGUCAGCACCGCUGGUGACGAAAACAGUGGCUACAGUCCUACUGCAACCGCGCUCGAAGGCGAUGAUGAUGACUGGGGCGAAGACACGACCGAAGAGGCACAACUGCAACGAAUGAGUGAACUAUCAGCAAUGGCCCAGUCAUUGGCCCUGAGCGUUGAUGUUGACAAAUCAGAAAGCGAAAAGGCUGACGUCUUUUAUAAGCAUUUGCUCCAGCUACAACGCAAAAAUGCUGUACUGACGCACCGUCGGGACAUACGACAGCAAGCUGAUAGUCUAGAACUGGGUCCUCGUGCCGUUCUGGUGCUCGCUGAAGCUCUCCUGUCUUCCCCUACCGCAAUCAUAGGGGAUAUCAAGAAGUUUGCGCCCGUUUUCUUACUGUUCACCAGAGUUGGAGGAAACGAAAAGCGCGCCCAACAAUAUGUCUUGGGUGCCAUGGCCAAACUGAUUGAACGGCACACAGAACACAACUUACUUUCUAAGGCAUGUCAUAUACUGAAGGCUUUGUAUGAUAAUGACAUCAUCGAGGAGGAUGUUAUCAUUGCGUGGUAUGAAAAAGGGCCUUCUAAGAAGUUUGUCUCUCGGGAAUUGAGCUCAAAGAUUUUGUCACACUGUGCCCCAAUGGUUAAAUGGUUACAGGAGGCAGAAGAAGAAUCUGAAGACUCUGAGGCAGACGAUGAAGUGCCCGAUGCAAGGUCAAACGGUACAUCCGAGGCAACGGUAGAUGUCGAGCCCAAGGAAAGCCCCCCUGCCACCGAAUCGAAGGACGGUACCGAAAGCGAAGAUGAAAUUGAUAUAGAUGCCAUCUGACGUGCUUCAUAUUUGACUAUGGACCAUAAGGAGUAGCUUGUGUCGCUUCCGGACUUGUUUGUUCAACUUGGUUCGGCUUUAUUUCUGCUCAUUUAUCCAUACGAACUUCUUGUCGAUUCCUAAUACACGCAUCCAGUCAUCUUGCUUUUGUAAGUCUUGUGCGUUUUGAAUGCCUCAGUAGUCGAGUUUUGGUUCAGAAUACAACUAGUGUUAAUCGGCG